UCUGGAGACGCUUUCUCAACACGAGGAACUUCAAGUUUUGCGCUUACUCUGCGAACAAACACGCGUUUGCGAAUUAUCUGUCCGUCAGGGUGAAUUUGGGUUUCUCUUGAUAGUAAGUAGCCUAAAUUAUUCAGACCAAGUUGGCGUUUUUCCUCCUUUCUGAAGCUUUUCACAUCACCAUCGGUAGCUUAAACAGAUCCACAGAGUUCCAUACAUGCCGUUUCUGUCUGUCACGGUGGAUAGAUUUAUAAUUCGGCACGGUUUGUGGACAUGACAACUGAUACACUACCGUUUUGUGCUUUUAUUAAUUUAUAAGAAAAAAAGAAGAAGAAAGAAAAAGACCGGUAACCAGGGGUAGCGAACACGCGUACAGUGAUUGAGUUGAAACACGCAAAUCAGACACUUCUAUUAAAAGUUUGAAAUUUCACGCUCCGCUCUUUCACUUGGCUGCCAUUUACUGUUAAAUGCACAAAGUAGACCCUGUCUGCGAUCCUUCUGCUCCACUGCCGCCCUGCACGAUAGAUCCGUGCGUUGUUGAUGGUGACAUGAGUCACAGGAUUGAAGUUGUGAAAUUCAGCAGCGACUGGUGAUGGAAUGAUACGUUUCGGGCUUAUUUUUGUACAACGCUGAUCUAACGCUUGGAAAAGAAUACUGGAAUAAGCCGCAAGGCGCACAGCUCCAUACUGAAGUGUUUAAGUUAGUCUGAGGGGGAAAUUUAAAAGACCUAAAAAUACAGCGUCGGUUUCUUCCCUACAAAGAAUCAUUUGAACUUCCCACCGCAGAGCUAGGGCGACAUAAAUAGUUCUGACAUGUGGAUGUAAUUUCAGAAGAGGAAAAAAGACAGAUGCAGAGAAAUAAAGAGAGCAGACUGAGCCGGAGCAUAUAGUAGAUUAUAGGAAAUUAAAUCGAGGGCAAAGCGAGGCGAUUACAGAGUUAUGAUUUCACAAGCCAUCAUAAGCAUCGAGAGGCCAGAUGGAGUGAAAAAACACAACUCGUUCCACUUUGAAGAGAGUUAAGUAGAUUAAAUAAUUUCAUCCGAGCUCAAUCAGCAUCUGUCUGAGCCCUGCAAGGACUCUUGGAGGUAGAGUUGCCUCAGGUCAGGGAUGGGAUCCUCUCUGCUUCUCCGCAAUCUGGACUUUCUACUCAUCUCUCUACUCAGCGGUUUAUGCCUGGUUUACACCGAUGAUGUGCUGACAAAAGAGGAACAGUUAGAGUUUUUGUACAGAGCCAAGCAAAAAUGUGAGGCCAUCAUCAAGGCAAAGCAGAGGAUUCCUGAUGGUUUCUGCUCACCAGAUUGGGAUGGCAUUGUUUGUUGGCCUGAAGGGCCUCCUGGGAAAAUAUCCACUCCCUGUCCAGAGUAUAUCUUUGACUUCAACCAUAAAGGAUUAGCACACCGUCAGUGUGACAGCAAUGGGAUAUGGCAGCUGGCAGCAGCCAACAGAACAUGGGCCGAUUAUACUGAAUGUUCAAAACACCUCCCCGAAUAUAACCCAAGCUAUCAAAUGGACGUCUUUCACCGUCUGUAUCUCAUUUACACGGUUGGGUACUCGGUCUCUUUGGGGUCGCUCAUGGUGGCUGUGGUCAUUUUGGGAUAUUUUCGACGGUUACACUGUACCAGGAACUACAUCCACAUGCACCUCUUUGUGUCCUACAUGCUAAGAGCUAUAAGCAUUUUUGUAAAAGACGUUGUUCUCUACUCCGGAUCGACAUUAGACAUGGAAGGAGUCAGUGUGGAAGACAUCAAGUCUAUUUCUGAAGCCUCACAAACCGACAAAACGCAUUUUAUUACCUGUAAGGUGGUCGUGACCUUGUUUAUGUACUUCCUGGCAACUAAUUACUACUGGAUUCUCGUGGAGGGUCUCUACCUCCACAGUCUCAUUUUUAUGACCUUCUUCUCCAAUAGAAAGUGCCUGUGGGGAUUUACUGUGAUUGGAUGGGGUGUACCAGCUGUGUUUGUAACCAUUUGGGCAACUGUGAGAGCCAUGUUUGCAGACACAGAGUGUUGGAACCUAAGCGCAGGCAAUUUUAAAUGGAUAUAUCAAAUGCCCAUCGUGGUUGCUGUAGUGAUUAAUUUUCUGCUAUUUCUGAACAUCGUCCGAGUCCUGGCAACUAAACUGCGAGAAACAAAUGCUAGAAGGUGUGACACCAGACAACAGUACAGAAAACUGUUGAAGUCCACGCUGGUGCUGAUGCCUCUGUUUGGCGUCCACUACAUCAUAUUCAUUGCCAUGCCAUAUACAGAGGUGCAUGGGAUUCCAUGGUUGAUCCAAAUGCAUUACGAGAUGCUCUCAAACUCCUUCCAGGGAUUCCUAGUGGCAAUUAUAUACUGCUUUUGUAAUGGAGAGGUGCAAGCUGAGAUAAAAAAGUCCUGGAGCAGGAGAACUCUAGCCCUGGACUUCAAAAGAAAAGCUCGAAGCGGCAGUAACACUUACAGCUAUGGACCUAUGGUAUCACACACCAGUGUUACCAAUGUCACUGCCAGAGGACCGCUGGGCCUCCACCUCACCACGAGGCUGGGACCGGCGCCUGUGAAUGGGCACAGGAACCUCCCUGGGUAUGUGAAAAAUGGCUCCGUGUCAGAGAACUCUAUACCGUCAUCGGGACAGGAGCUCCACAUUCCAGCCGAAGAGCAUUCUGCGCAUACUCGGCCUUGUGAGGACGAAAAACCCUCGCCCGUGGUUGAGGAGGAGAGGGAGACAGUCAUGUGACCUGCAGGACGCUGUCUUUGUCGGUGAAAAUCGAGGAAAGAAAAUCAUCACGAAACAGUCUCAGGAUGCCUGCAUGCAUCGACACUGCCAGUUUUUUUCUCCUGUGAAUUGAGCCGGAACAUUGCCAAGCGAUGAGGCUCGAGGCAGAAAGGCCGUAUCGCUUUUGCGGGCUUAUUUGAUGGGUGAUGACUGUCGUUGUUGCAGCAAAUAACUCUUUCACCAACCGCCUGCCACACUGAAUGUGUAAAAUGUUGAGAAGAGGAUUGCCGUUCUUUACUUCUUAUUCACUGCCAUAACUGUUGUUAUCCUUCAUUUAUGUUUCCUCUGGAAGCAAUCAUCUUGUGGUCAUUUUUUUUUGUGCAUAAGUAAAAACUGGGGUUUUGUAGUUACUACAAUGGCCAAGAAUACCCUUAAUCACCAAAGUAAAGCCAGGUGGGUACUGAGCGCUCUCAGAGGCAAAAAUGUUGGCAAUUUAAUCAGGAAGUUUUGAAUGAAGAUUACAUGUGGCUUUAAAACUAUUAAUCCUACUUGUUGAGACGUGUUCAUGUUUCCUGGUGUGGAAUCUCAUUUGUUCUGCAUUGGAUUAAAUCCACUUCAGCGUAAAAGGGAAGUUACUCAGGUAAUUGAAGUCCUCUGUUGUUGCACACCUAUUUUUAUACUGUUCAAGUGGUGUUUUAGCAUAGUCAGCUUUUUGCUCCAGAGGAUCCAUGUGUGUCAUAAAAGAUUAUUUUGUGUUUCUCUUCCGUUCACACACCGCUCCCCCCACCCAGUAUUCAGUCCUCUGACUCCACAGAUUUUGAAUGGUUAAAAUGAAUGUACUAGUUUUUAGUUUUUUGUCCAUAUAAAAUGUUAAUACUCACACGGCCAAACUAAAAACACCAAAGUAAGAAUGUCUUUGCAGACAACCCUUUUCUCUGAGUAACGUCAUGUAACUCAAAGGAAAACUGUAUAUACUGGAUAUAUUCUCAAAGUUGUCAAAAGAUGAAGCCCUAUUAGAAGGCACAGGAUGGAGGCAACAGUCUUAUUAAUAUUCCAGAGGAAUAUUAAUUUAAGGAGGAAACAAAGAGUCUUAAAUUCCCCGUGGGAUUCUAGGAGUGAUAUUUGUGAUGCUCUAGAGAAAAAAAACUGAAGUUACUACUACACAGUAUUUUUUACAGGUAGUCAGUCCAGUGUUGUGCUGCUUCUAUGAUGUAUAUACGAGUCACGAUGUUUACAAAAAUCAGAGAUACAUUCUAAUUGUGAGCUUAAAGUGUUCCUAUGUAUGGAUAUGUUAUAUGUUAUAAAGCUGUUUUGAUGUUUUUGUUUUUUUCAUGUGUUGGUUUAUGGGAUGUUGGCAAUAUUUGGUUAUGUACAUAGGCCAAAACAGAACAGUUGAAUAUCUUUGUAAUUUACUAUACUUAGCCUGCAUGAUUGGCAGGGUAGCUCACAUGAUCUAUUAUACCAAAGAGAAAAGACAUGAUAAGCUGCCAGAGAAGAGGUUAUACUGAAGAUUUUAUUUGUAUUAUCCUCCACCAUCACGUUUACAGUGACCAGAUUGUCUUAAUUUUGCAGUAAUAUUUUAUUUUUUUCUUGUCUUUAAAAAAAUAUUUUGCUAUUAUAUAUAAAAGACCAAAACCAAGAAUGAUUGAACUUACAAUUUCAGUGUCAUAUAACAAAUUCCCGUUUGCCAUAGAGCUCCUAGCUGCUUUUGACAGUCAAAAGGAACAUUUUCAUUCUGCUAUAAUUAUGACGUAAGCUUGACUGGAUUGACUACAAUAGUAAUUACAGGUGGCUGCAUGCCGCAGUGAUGAAAAUAGAAAAAGACAGACUGAGGGAAACCUUUAUAAAGUCAUGUUACCGUACCUUGCUGCCACAGAAGAUUUAAAUAUCUGUCAUCCAUUUGUAUCCUUUAUAAUGGGUAAUUUAAUGCAUUUCUCCCAGGCUUGUGACAACUGAAAGUUAGCCUAAUUUGCAGACCAUCAAAGAGUAUACCAUGUUACUGUUGUAUAAUCCAGUUUUUCACUCAGAGGUCGGGCAAUGUCAGAGCAUGAAGAUCUUUUUUUUUUUUUUUUGUAAAUCAAGAACACUUGGAAAAUUCUCUUUGACCACUUUAAUACCCUUUAAUAUGGUGUUUUGUUCUGAUUGUAUUAUGUAAAAAGAUUGUGUUUUGGAAUCAAGUGUACAAUAGGGCCAAUAACCGUAGAGCUAAGGUUGUAUUUCAUUGUUUCAAAUACCUCUCAUGGAAGUAUAAUGUGUAUUCCAUUGUCAUUUAUUUAUCUUGUGCCGAAGUGUACUCAGUGGACUUGACUUUAUAGUCUUCAUGCUUUAGAUACUGUAAUGCGGGCAGUGACACAUCAUUCAGUCAUUCUCUCUUCACUCCUUUGUGAUGUAGGCAUGUUGUAGAUACCAGUGUAAACUUCAGAUGAGAUUGGAGGAUGCUUUCUGAUCUCUAUUGUUCAUCAGUGAAUUGUGAAUAAGAUAAUAAAUCUAUAAUUCUACUGUC